AGUACAGAUCACAAAUUUACAGAGCGUUCUCUUCCUUGCCGGUCAGUGUUUUUCUUCUCUCUCUCUCUCUCUCAGCUGCACUCACUUCCUCCUAUGAGUAAUAAGAGCAGCUUCACACAAACCGGCGUGUUUGUCAGAGCGACUGACUGGCUGAGUGAGAGCAGUUCAUAAAGAAAGAGGCAGCCGGCGACAGGGACUCAUGCUCCGAUCCACAACUAUCUGAAUGUUGACUGAGGUUUCCUGCAUCCCCUUUGUUUGACACCUGUCAACUGUUCCAAAACAGAGACUUGUCGCCGUGGAGACGCUGAUGAUCCAGAAUAAGGAGGCGAGGAGGAGGAUUCCCCAAUCAGACAGUCCUGAGCAGAAGAAGAGCUCAGAGUCAGCCAUGGACCACCAGCAGCACGCCAAAGUGGAGCGGUUCCUCAAGUUGGGAUACUCUCACAGCGACAUCCUGAGGGUGCUGGAGAGCCUCCGACACGAUGCCCAGACCAACGACAUCCUGGAGGAGCUGAUCAAGACCUGCCACACUCGCAGCAGCAACAGCAGCGUCCCAAACAGCCCCAAACUGGUGCCCAGAGGCUGCAGCCCAAGUUCAAACCAGACCAGACCUGGACCAGACAGGGAACCGGCCGCUGGGUUCAGACCAGUGGUGAUAGACGGCAGCAAUGUGGCCAUGAGCCAUGGCGACAAGAAGGUGUUUUCAUGUCAAGGCCUCCAGCUGGCAGUGAACUGGUUCUGGGACAAAGGCAUGCGAGACAUCACGGUGUUCGUCCCCCUGUGGAGGAAGGAGCUGCCAAGGCCUGAGGCACCCAUCACAGAACAACAUAUUCUCCACGAGCUGGAGAGGAGGAAGAUCCUGGUGUACACGCCGUCCCGCUGUGUAAACGGCAAGAGGGUAGUCUGCUACGAUGACCGGUACAUCGUAAAGCUGGCCUUCGACUCAGAUGGCAUCAUCGUGUCCAACGACAACUACCGAGACCUGCAGACUGAGAAUCCCCAGUGGAAGAAGUUCAUAGAGGAACGGCUGCUGAUGUAUACGUUCGCCAAUGACAAGUUCAUGCCUCCAGAUGAUCCUCUGGGCAGAAAUGGUCCCACUAUUGAUGAUUUUCUCAGGAAGAAGCCAUGGACCACAGAUAAUAAGCUGCAACACUGUCCAUACGGUAAGAAGUGUACUUAUGGAGUAAAGUGCAAGUUCUACCAUCCAGAGAGGGCCAACCAGUCGCAGCUGUCUGUGGCUGAUGAACUGAGAGCUCUAAGGGACAGAGCCAAGAACUUCUCCCCUGCUUCAUAUCCGGAGCUCAGAUACACCUCGUCCACCCCUCCACCCCUGAACAUAGACGACCACAGGGCUUCACCCAGCGAGCACUCCGUCUGUCAAAGGGAUUCCAGCAGCCCCAGAAGCCAGCCGUACACCAGCCUGCACCACUUCCCGUGCCUGGACGUAGACGAAGCCUUCAGCUCCAUGGAGAGCUCCAUGUCCAGGCUCUACAUCCAGGACAACCCCUACAGUCUGGAGCAGCCACUGCACAGCUACAGCAGCGGCGUGGCGAGCUACAGCCUGGGCCACGACGACUACUCCCUCUCAGGUUCGUAUGGCAGCAGCAACCAGCAUCUCUGCCUGAAUCGAGGAGGUCUCUACCCUCAUCAGAACGGCUCGUUGUCCUGCGACUGCUCCAUGUGUGGCCAGUGCAGGUGUGGUCACCAGCAGGCCCGGCUGUCCCCCAUCAGCCACCACCAUCACCACCACCAGCCAGCGUGGAGCUCCUGCCCGGCGCUGCCGCCACAUAACAGGGAACAUCCCGCUCAUUUCUCAGAUAGCCAGUACGUCAGGCAAACCUCCAGAAGACACACCCACAGUCUGCCGAGGGACCCGUGGGUGCAGGGAAGCCUCUCGGGCCCUGUGCCGAUCAGCAGGUCCAAGAGUCCGUCCAGCGAGCAGAGGAAGGGCCUGAGGAGCCAGCUGACCACGCUGUUCCCCCAGAGCAUGGUGGAGCAGGUCAUGAACGCUUACCCACAUGUCUCAGACAUGUCUGAACUGAUUUCUCUGAUUCAGAGCUACAGAACCAACCAAAUCUCCUUCUAGACUGUAAAGACUUUUUUUUUUUUGGUGUCUUCAAACUGAGCCCACAUUGGAGUUCUCAUCCCAGGAAUGAAGUGAAAACUGAGAACAUUUCUUCAAAAGACUGUGAAUUUCAAAUCAAAUCUAUUCUUCUAGUUUGAACUCAUUACCCUUUAGCAUUAAAAAGUGACUCAGUCGGAUAAAGUCUAGAUAAUGCAGCAGACUGAAUGCUAUUUCUUUAUCCUGUGUAAAAGUGCAAUGCACUACGCUCCAUAUGAGCUACUUAUUGUAGCACUGACAAAUGUUUUAUUUAAAGCAGCAUGUGUUGUUUUCCCAUGUUGCCUCAAAGUGAGGAACGCUAUGCCCUGUAUUUCUGUAAAGAAUGUCGAUGGCAAGUUUUUAAUAUGAAUUCUGAAGGCUUGUGUUUCUGCUGUGCCUGUGGAAAACAAAGAAUACUCAAACCACUCGG